AUGGCGUUAAGGGAAUCCAAGUAUAUCAACCAACGAGUUGAAGCGGCUAUUCUGCAGCUUGGUGCAUCCGGUUCUGUGUUAUCAGGAUUCUUGGCCGACCGCCGGUACUCUCGAAGACUUUCGACAUUCGAGGUUUGCAGAUCUGCGUUGCAGUGUGGCGCUUGGAAAUUUUAUCAUAUAUUCAUCAACUGCGCUGUUGGGGGACUGGGCGUAGGGGCAUUAAGUAUGCUCUCACCAUUAUACAUGGCUGAAAUCAGUAUUCCCGAAUUACGUGGAUCUCUCAUGGCUUUGGAACAGUUCGCCAUCGUUAUGGGAGUCGUAUUUAAUUUCUGGUUCGGGUUCUUCACGCGUUUAAUACCCUGCUCAGCGUCUUGGCGGACACCAUUGGGUAUUCAGAUCGUUCCUGGGCUUAUGUGCUGGAUGUCUAUUCCUCCCUACGUGUUGGUUCUUCAGGGUAGGUAUGAAGAAGCUUUAGCUAGUUUUGCAAAGAUGAGACGGCGAACGCGCACAGAAGCCAAGUGGGAUUCUUUGAUUCAGAUUGGGCUUUUAGAGAUGUGCGCUGAAGCCACUCUUCUCCAGAGAACGUCUCCCAAUGCCGACGACCUAAAUAUCCAUGGAAUCCUCGGAGAUCUUCGAUCUUGGGGAGCGCUGUUCACAAAGUACCGACGGAGUGGCGUGAAAGCAUUGCUAUACUAUGGUCCGAAUCUUAUGAAGAGUAUCGGACUAUCAGGAGAAAAAAUCACGCUAUUGAUUACGGAGGAAGCCAUUGUUGAGAGGAAUGGACUCUUCCUUUUGAAGAUUGAAGAACAGGGUAUCGUACGGGUAGGCAAAACUUAUUAUUUUCGGUCACCAUCUUCUCAUAUGAUGCUGUAUACGGGAUACGGGCAUCCCUAA